GAGGGAGAGAGCCAUCUCUCACUCUCUCACGUCAUUUCGGACAUUCAUUUUGAGUUGUUUUGUUUGGUAUUAUUUCUCCAAUUUUAGCAGUUCUCGCGCGUUUCAGGAGACCUAAAAUGUUCAUUUCCUCAUGCAGUGGUGUCUCAAUAAGUGAUUUCAGUGAGAUGCUCUGCGGGAUGGAUUGACAUGGGGUUUUUUGCACACAAGUUUCUGUUCCUGAGCACCUUUGGCUACAGCUAAAAUAAACGCACGCGUUGAGAGGAGAAAAUAGAACUAUAAACAGAUUUUCACACAUCAUUCGAUAAGGCAUCACACUUAAACAAGAGCAGCAGAGUAGAUUAUUAUAUUUUUGCAAACACGGAGAAUGGACAAUCAGGACAGCAUCUCUUCGGGCAGAAGUCUUCCGCAGUGGAUGCGUACAAAGGUGGACAGCAGGAUCACCUCCACCGACAUUCCGUUCUCGCCGCCGACGCACGAUGAGUCCUUCUUCUACGUUCGCUAUCCGGCGGGCGACGGGAAGCGGCAGGAGGAGCUGAGCCAGAUCCGGAGCGUCCUGGAGGACGCCGGCGUGAGCAGCCUGGCGGGCGCGCGGGACUUCUCCAAGCACACGGACCAGUGCAAGAUGUUCCUCAAUGGGGCCAAUCAGAGUGCCAAACCCGGCGCUGGAGCGCCGCUGAAGCCCGUGGGCACGGAUGAUGGCUUCAAGGGUGGCGGAGCGGCGUGCGGCAGCUCGAUUGUCCGCAUGGCGCAGACGAUGGUCAACAGCCGGCCCUUCACACGUGGAUUCACCGUUGCAAAUUUCGAGGAGGCGUCGCCAGACGUUGACUUUCCCGUGAUCAAUGCCGAGGAAGAUAUUGCCAUUGCCAACGCGAAGAGGAAUAAGAUGAGACGCGGCUCAAAGUCCCUACCAGCCUCGCCACUGGGAUCACCCAAGACGGCCAGAAAGAUCAACCAGAAUCCAUAUUUUGCCACAAAUCAGACGACUCUCGUGAUAGCAGAUCAAAAGAAGUGGAAUUUAUCGGAUUUUCUCGGGCUGCAGCGCAAGACGGCGAUCUCAUCGCAAUUCAUGGCAUCAGAAGUGGACGAGAAGGCCGAGGAUGCACUGGAGCUGGAGAGCAAGCUGGUGAAUCUGGAUCACGACAGGGUGAAUGCAGAGGCCAAGCUGAGUGAGAACGCCGAGCCGCCGACUGUGCUGAAGGCUAAGCCGUCUGAAUUGCGUGAAAUGAAUUUUUGGUCACCGACCUCCAUGUAGAAAGUCACAGAAAAACACACUGAAAAAUGCUCUUUCAACUCUCUUGUUUUGCGUAAGUUUCUGUGUAGAAAAAGGUUUGCUCACUAAAUCCUUCGAUUAUUUCGGCAAUCAAAUUCGCCUUCCUGUAAAGUUCAUUCCCUUCGUAGACUCUAUUGUUGAAUUCUUUCUUGUUUUUUUUGUAUACGAAUUUUAUUCUUUUAUCUGCUUGAUAGCAGUGAAAGCGUAUUUUAGUCAUUCUCAGAGAAUCACUCGCAAAAUAGCUUUCGUGUAGUUGUAACAAAUAACAAAAAAGACAUCGUCGUUUUAUCUCUAUUUUAUCACUGAACAGACGAAAUUGAUAUUAGGCAAUAUUAUGCGUUCGCCGAGCGGAAAACAAAGAGUGAAACAAGAAGGUAUUCUCUAUAUGUUCAUUGAAAUUUUAAUAAAAAUAAAUCUUGUGAAAAUCAA